AUGUCUUCGAAGCUUCAUCGAAGUCCCCCUUUCCGAGCAGAACAUCUCGGAUCUUUACUCCGCCCAGAGCAACUUCUUUCGAUAAAACAUGCGCUUGACAAUGGGAAGAACGAUGUUAAGAAGCAAGAUCUGACAACAGUCGAAGACAAAUCAGUCGAUGAGAUAAUUCGGGUCCAACUUGACUUGGGUUUUCACGCUGUAACGGAUGGAGAAUAUCGUCGUCAUAUGUUCUGGGGUACAUUCUUCCCUGGAUUAGAUGGAUUUCAAGAAGUGCAAAAUCCCGACAUAGAGUCUUUCCGCCGCUACGUUCCCGACAUCGAUGCAUUCCUCGAAGAAGGUCACAAACCCGGUGAAUCUGUCUACUGCACAGGCAAAAUAAAACACGUCGGUAGCACAUAUAUCGAUCAAUGGAACUAUCUCAAGAAUCUCCUACCAGCCGACAAAGUCAAAGAAGCAAAAAUUACCCUCGCGGCUCCAAAUUGGUAUCAUCUUCGUUACAAGACUGGUCACGCAUAUCCAAAAGAUGUAUAUCCCACAGACGCCGAAUAUUUCACCGACAUAGCAAAAGCCUAUCGUGAGGAAUUGCGGAUUCUAUACGAGGCUGGACUCAGAAAUAUACAAAUCGAUGAUCCAAAUUUAGCAUACUUUUGUUCGGAGAAAAUGCUCGCGGGAUUCAAGAAAGAUGGGGAGGACUCCGAUGCUCUCUUCGAUUCAUACAUCAGGUUAUACAACGAUUGUCUGAGCAGUCGUCCAGAAGACUUGCACGUAGGAGUCCAUCUCUGUCGAGGAAAUUUCGCAGGCGGUCGUCACUUUUCCGAGGGGGGGUAUGAUGCUAUUGCUACGAAACUAUUCAAAGAUCUAAAUGUCAAUACAUAUUACCUCGAAUACGACACAGCGCGAGCCGGUGGCUUCGAACCUCUUGCUCAUCUACCCAAGGACAAGAAUGUCAUCUUGGGACUGAUCACGAGCAAAUUCCCAAAAUUGGAAAAUCUCGAUGAGUUGAAGGAGAAGGUUAUGAAAGCAGCCGAUAAGAUUGCAGAAGGGAAUGGGGAAAUCAGGGAAGAGAGUUUGAAGAGGAUGGGAGUUUCUCCUCAGUGUGGUUUCGCUAGUCAUUCGGAUGGGAAUAAUAUGGCGAGGGAGGAUAUGAUUGAGAAGUUGAAGUUGGUGAGGAGAUUGGCGGAUGAGGUGUGGCCUGGGGAGGCAUGA